AUGAUAGUUAAGUGUUGGCUAUCAUCCCCACCUUCGCGUUGGAAAGAGUUUGUAGCAAACCGAGUCUCCGAGAUCCAACACAUCACGGUCGCUGGAACAUGGAAUCACGUGGCAGGAGUUGAAAACCCGGCAGAUAUAAUUUCCCGAGGCAUGAUUCCAGCACAGUUGCAGUAUCAAUCGCUGUGGUUUCAAGGCCCAUCUUGGUUGAGGCUUGAAGAGAAACACUGGCCUCAGAAUGUGAACGUCGUUGAGGAGUCGUUAGAGAAGUCAUCGUUGGAAGAAAAGGCGAGUACCACGGCUGUAGCACAGGUUGUAGAACCAAGCGAAGUAUUUGGAUGGAGAUCCUCUUACAUAGAGCUAAUGCGCCUUGUGGCAUGGAUGCGACGAUUUCGAUUCAACUCUCAGAUUGCGCAUAGAGAUAUUAAAAGAAGUGGUGCCCUGACUCUCACAGAACUCGAUGAAUCGCUGAAGACGCUUGUACGAAUCGCUCAGGAAGAGAGCUUUCCGAAAGAGUACUGUGAUUUGAAGAACAAUCGUCCGAUUUCACUGUCAUCAAAACUGAUGACAUUGACGCCGGAGAUGGUAGAUGGGUUAAUCCGGAUUGGCGGCCGGCUCCGACAUGCAUCGAUUUCCGAUAACCGAAAGCACCCGUACAUCUUGGAUCAUCGACAUCCGUUUACCGAAAUAGUGAUGACAUACUAUCACCGAAAGUUGUUUCACGCAGGUCAACAGCUUCUCAUUGCUGCAGUUAGAGAUCAAUUCUGGCCAACGCACAUUGGAACCCUUGCUCGCUCUGUGAUCUUCAAAUGUGUCCCUUGCUUCCGCGUGAAACCCAAGAUUCAGGAACAGAUCAUGGCAGAUCUACCAGUUGAACGAGUGACUCAGUGCCCAGUUUUUGAGAGAGUUGGUGUGGAUUACUGUGGGCCAUUUUUCGUAACGUACCCUCAGCGAAAAUGUCGGCCUGUAAAGGUUUUCAUCGCCAUCUACGUUUGCCUUGUGACAAAGGCUGUGCACAUGGAAGUCGCUUCAGAUUUGUCUACGCAAGGUUUCCUCGCCACCUUUCAACGGUUUUGUAGUCGUCGAAGUGCUCCUCGAUUGGUGAUGUGCGACAAUGCGAAGAAUUUUGUUGGAGCAAAACGUGUUCUGGACGAAGUUCACGGGUUGUUCAUCAGCAAGCAGUUCCAAAACACGGUGGUUAAUUACGCAGCAAACCAAGGCAUCGAGUUUCAUUUCAUCCCGGCACGCUCGCCAAAUUUUGGAGGACUUUGGGAAUCUGCAGUGAAGUCGUUUAAAACUUUGCUCAAACGGACAGUUGGACAGCGCUCGCUUGGACACGAGGAAUUCCAGACAAUCGUGGUGAAGAUUGAGGCAGCAUUGAACUCCAGACCAAUCACCGAACUCAGCAAUGAUCCUGAUGAUUUCGAACCGCUCACGCCAGGACAUUUCCUGGUGCAAAAGAAAAUGACUGCUCUCCCUGAACGCGAUUUGAAGGACGUACCGGAGUCGAGACUGAAGGUCUGGCAGAGAAUGGAACAGAUUUCCCAGAAUCUGUGGGCGAAGUGGUCCACUCAGUACCUGUCUAACCUCAACAACCGAACGAAGUGGACUAAGAAGAAGGACAACAUCAAAAUCGGCACCUUGGUCAUACUGAAGGAGGAAAAUUUCCCGCCUCUGCAGUGGCCCAUGGCACGAGUAGUAGACCUCCACCCUGGUUCAGAUGGAAACAUACGCGUUGUCACUGUUCGCACACAGAAUGGCACAUACAAGAGAGGCAUUUCGAAAAUCUGCGUGUUACCUAUCCGUGACAACCUACCAUCGUCAGAAGAGGAGAACCUGGACUCCUCCACCGGCGGAGAUCAAUAG